AACCGAUAGGGGGGAGGUUAGAAACCGGAAACCAAAGUCUGACUCCGAUCCAUCCAUCCAAAGGGACCUUAAAUUCUUUGUUUGUUGCUUCCUUCCUCAUCCAUAAAUCAAUUGUUUAUUUCUUGAUUUUUUAUGCGAAACACAAACAAAACUCACAAAAAUGUCGAUCAACAUGAAAACCCUUACGCAAGCUCUGGCCAAAACGGCUGCCGUUAUCGAGAAAACCGUUCAAACAACCGUGCAGGAGGUAACCGGUCCCAAAGCUCUCCAGGACUAUGAACUCCUUGACCAGAUCGGUUCCGCAGGGCCAGGUCUUGCCUGGAAGUUGUACUCAUCCAAGGCGCGUGACGGAACGCGUCCCCACCAGUAUCCCACGGUAUGUGUUUGGCUUCUGGAUAAGAAGGUUCUGUCGGAGGCACGCGCUCGUGCGGGCCUCUCCAAGGUGGCCGAAGAUUCAUUCUUGGAUCUGAUACGGGCCGAUGCAGCGAAGCUGGUCAGACUGAGGCAUCCAGGAGUGGUCCACGUGGUGCAGGCUCUGGAUGAGAAUAAGAAUGCCAUGGCAAUGGUUACGGAGCCUCUGUUUGCGUCGGUGGCUAAUACUCUUGGGAAUGUCGAGAAUACUACCAAGGUUCCUAAGGACCUUAAAGGGAUGGAAAUGAGUUUGUUGGAGGUGAAGCAUGGUUUGCUUCAGAUUGCAGAAACCUUGGAUUUUCUUCAUAACAAUGCACAUCUUAUUCAUUGCGCUAUAUCACCCGAGAAUGUCUUGAUUACAUCACAUGGAGCUUGGAAGCUUGGUGGGUUUGGUUUUUCUAUCUCAAAAGAUCAGGCCUCGAGUGUACCAGCCUUCCAUUAUGCUGAAUAUGAUACUGAAGAUUCUGUCAUUCCUCUUCAGCCAUCAUUGGAUUACACUGCACCUGAACUGGUUCGCAGUAAAGCAUCUUCAGAUGGAUGUUCUUCUGACAUUUUCAGCUUUGGAUGCCUCACCUACCAUUUAAUUGCUCGAAAGCCUUUGUUUGAUUGUCACAACAAUGUCAAGAUGUAUAUGAAUACAUUGACAUACUUAUCCAAUGAAGCCUUCUCCUCUAUUCCACCAGAACUAAUUCAUGAUUUACAGAGGAUGCUCUCUGCAAAUGAAUCUAUCAGGCCAUCAGCACUUGAUUUCACUGGUACUCCAUUUUUCCGAGAUGAUACUAGGUUGCGUGCUCUUCGUUUCCUCGAUCACAUGCUUGAGAGAGAUAACAGGCAAAAGUCUGAGUUUUUAAAAGCUUUAUCUGAUAUGUGGAAAGAUUUUGACUCCCGUGUGUUGCGAUAUAAGGUACUUCCGCCUCUUUGUGCAGAACUGAGGAAUUUGGUUAUGCAGCCAACUAUUUUGCCAAUGGUCCUCAUGAUUGCAAACUCGCAGGAUAAAAGUGAUUUUGAGUUAGUUACACUGCCAGCUCUUUUACCUGUCCUGAGCGCUGCUGCAGAAGAGACCUUGUUGUUGCUGGUGAAGCAUGCGGAGCUUAUUAUCAACAAGACAAGUUCAGAGCACCUAGUAUCCCAUGUAUUGCCCAUGCUUGUUCGAGCUUAUGAUGAUAAUGAUCCUCGCAUUCAAGAGGAAGUUUUGAGAAAAUCUGUAUUGCUUGGCAGGCAACUUGAUACACAGCUUGUGAAACAAGUCAUUCUGCCUCGCGUUCAUGGCUUAGCUCUUAAAACAACUGUUGCUGCGGUUAGAGUCGGUGCUUUGCUAUGCUUAGGAGAGUUUGUACACACACUUGAUAAAAAGGCUGUGCUUGAUGUCUUGCAAACUAUUCAACGUUGCACAGCUGUUGAUCAUUCUGCUCCCACGCUUAUGUCUACCCUAGGAGUUUCAAACUCAAUUCUCAAGCAGUAUGGAGUCGAAUUUGCUGUGGAGCACGUCCUUCCUCUGCUCGUACCUCUGCUUACAGCCCAACAGCUGAAUGUUCAGCAGUUUGCCAAAUAUAUGUUCUUUGUCAAGGAUAUUCUCAGAAAGAUAGAAGAAAAACGGGGUGUUACUUUAACCGAUUCUGGAAUCCCAGAGGUCAAACAUGCUACUACUGCCAAUGGGCUUCAAUCUCAAGCCUUGGGAAAAGCAAAUGGAAGUGUGGCUUCUGCAAAAAGCAGCCCAGCAUGGGAUGAAGACUGGGUUCCUACUACCAAAGCAGCUGUCGAUGCCAGUGACACUGCCCACCAGCCUUCCAAGAACGAUUUAUCCAUUCACUCUUUUCUGGGUGAUAAGUCGAUUCAAUCAGCACCCAGACAAUCUCAAUCUUCCUUGAUACCUACUGCAUCUAGCCAACAAAUGUCUAUUUCAUGUCCUCCGGUUGACAUCGAGUGGCCUCCUCGACCAUCUUCAGGUGUCACUGUAGAGCCAGGCAAUGGCGAGAAGCAACUAAAUGCAGGAACAUCAUUGUCAUCAAAUUUUGAAGAUUUAGAUCCUUUUGCUAACUGGCCUCCACGGUCUAAUACCUCCUCAAAUGAUUCUGGAACCUUUAGUAAUGGCAGCAUGGGACCGGGCGUGGGCAAUUAUGGAUUCAGUUCUACGAGCACCACGAACCACCAAACAGACAACAGCAACAGUUGGAUGUUGGGCAACCAAAACUCUGGGGACACACUAAGACCUACGAAUGCAGAUAUUUUGAAUGGUGGAGGUCCCCAGAACAGUAUUGGAUUCUUGAAACAGAACCAGCGGGUUUCAGCUCCAAUGAGUUCUUCAUACAAUAACCAGAAAUCAGCAGAUAUCGGAUCUAUAUUUGGUUCUAGUAAGAAUGGGCAGACUGCUCCGAGACUUGCACCGCCACCGUCAACAGCUGUGGGUAGAGGAAAGGGCAGGGGGAGGGGAGCAAGUUCAGGUUCAAAGACAACCUAUGCCAAACCAACGUCGGGACAACCACCUCUUUUGGAUUUGCUUUGAUUAGGUGGGCGUCUCCUUUUUUCUUCAAUGUGUUUUUGAUACAGCUGCCCUGCCAUCCCAAGUCAGCAUUGAAGGUAAAUUUAUUCAUCUCGGAAUGAGAGUCGUCAUGUGGAUGGCAUUAUUUGUUACGUAAGUCAUUGGUUUGUAGCUUUGUUGUAUCUGAGAUCCGUGUAACAGGGUGCGUGUCUUUAUGUGAUAAAAUUUGCAUUUUUA